ACCAGAGAGAGUGGAUAGGAAAAGCCUAGACCCUGUGGACUGAGGCAGGGGUGGGUGUGAUGAAAGUGAAAUCAUUAGCAGCAUCCUCUCGGAGCUUCCCGCCUGUUUUCUGUGCCUCCGUAGACAGUUUCCCUUUGCGCCUGACUUUAUCAAUGGGCCAGACUGAAGGGGAGACUGCAGACUCCGUUACUUGGGUUCAUGCUCUUGCCCUUCUCUGGAUUUUUCCCUUCCGUGUCAUUCUCUCCGUGUCUCCUUUAUGUUAUUUGAGGGGGCGUGUGUUUUGCUCUUGUUCUCGUACAGACUUCCUGUUCUUGUUUCCCCACCAAGCCUCCUCAACAUCCCCACAGUGCUGCUUCACCAGAGCACCCCCCCACCCCCAGCUAUGUCCUCAGAAACGUCCCUGGAAAAGUUAUGGCAGGAAGUCACUUGCUCUAUCUGCCUGGAUCCCAUGGUGGAGCCCAUGAGCAUCGAAUGUGGCCAUAGCUUUUGCAAGGAAUGCAUCUCUGAGGUGGGGGAAAGUGGACACAGUGUGUGUCCUGAAUGCCGGCAAUGCUUUCUACUGAGGAACCUCAGGCCCAAUCGUCACAUAGCCAACAUGGUGGAAAACCUCAAACAAACAAGCCAAGACUCCAAGAAGGGCACACGGGAGAACCAGUGUGUGGUGCAUGGAGUGAAACUUCACCUGUUCUGUGAGGAAGACGCGCAGCCCCUUUGCUGGGUGUGUGCCCAGUCUGGGAAACACCGUGACCACACCAUGGUCCCUGUGGAGGAGGCAGCUCAGGCAUACCAGGAAAAGCUCCAAAUGGCAUUGGAGAGGCUGAGAAAAGAGCAGGAGUUGGCUGAGAGGCUGGAAGUGGAUCUUAGAAAGAAGAGAGCAGACUGGAAGAGGACUGUUGAGGCCCAGAAGUUGAGGAUUCAUGCUGAGUUUGUGCAGCAGAGCAGUCUCCUGGCUGAAGAGGAACGGAGACAGCUGCAGAAGCUGGAGGAGGAUGAGCGGGAGCACCUGCGAAUCCUGGGGGAGAAGGAGGCGGAGCUGAGCCAGCAGAGUCAGGCCCUGCAGGAGCUGAUCUCAGAGCUGGAGCGGAGGAGCCGGAGCUCAGCGCUCGAGCUGCUGCAGGAGGUGAGAGUUGUCCUGGAAAGGAGCGAGUCCUGGAGUGUGAAUACUCCAGAUGUUGCCCCACCAGAGGUGAGAACUGUGUACCACGUGCCUGGGCGGAAGAAGAUGCUGAGAACGUGCGGAGUUCACGUCACUCUGGAUCGAGACACGGCCAACCCCUGGCUCAUCGUCUCAGAGGACCGGAGACAAGUGAGGCUUGGAGACGCCCGCCAGGACAUGCCUGAAAACGACAAGAGAUUUGACAAUUACCCAAUGGUGCUGGGCGCCCAGAGCUUCACCUCUGGCAAGUGUUACUGGGAGGUGGAUGUGACAGGAAAGGAGGCCUGGGACCUGGGGGUCUGUAGAAACUCUGUGCGGAGGAAGGGGCAAGUUUUCCUUAGCCCUGAGAAUGGCUUCUGGGUAAUUUGGCUGUGGCAGAAAGACAAAUACGAGGCUGGCACCUGCCCCCAGACCCCCCUCCACCUGCAGGUGCCUCCACGUCAAGUUGGGAUUUUCCUGGACUAUGAGGCGGGCACUGUCUCCUUCUAUAACGUCACUGACCGUGGCUCCCUCAUCUACGUGUUCUCCGAGUGUGCCUUCGCUGGACCUCUGCGGCCCUUCUUCGGUACUGGUUUCAAUGAUGACGGGGGAAAUUCUGCACCUCUAACCCUCUGUCCACUAAAGGUGUGAUCAGGAGCCACUGACUACGGAAGCUCUCUCUGGACACCAUUACCUGCUCUGUGUUGGUGUUUCUCAGCUGUUCACCUCUCCUGUUCAUGACCUCAAAACCAUCCCCUCUCUGCAGAGGAGUCAGGAUCCCAGAAAGCGGACUUUAGGAGGGAAGCGACUGAAAGUCAGUGUCAACUGACUUUGCCAUAUUCAUUCCUGCCCUCCAUUCCUUAAGGGUUCCCUCCUGUGAAGCCGAUCCUUCACAUCUGACCAAACUCACCCAACUCAGCCAAAAUCAAGUUUCUCCCCCUUGAUGUGUCCUGUUUAGUUGUAUCUUAUCCCUUGGCUGUUCCUUUGGCCAGACCUCUGUUAUGGUAUCUUAUGUACCUUGAAAAAAGGCUUCCUAAAGAAGUCUGUCCCACUCAGUUCUGUUCAUGGAACACAAAACACUUGACAUUUCUAAACAGGCUUUAUGUUAAUGUCUAA